GGCAUGCAGUCUUAAAUCCCCCCCCCCAUCGAAAAAAUUUACUGGAAUGUAUUUGUCACAUUUGCUGACUGAUGGGUUUAGAAUUAUUUCUAAGGGGCGUGUUUUAUUUUGAUUUUUUUAAAUGACAGCGUGAAUAAACCACAUGUAAAUUUUAACUUGUUUUUGAGUUUUGGUUUGACCAAAAGUAUAUGUAUGUAUGGACAGGGCCAGCAGGGCUCUGUGACACCGGUAAUUAAAGCAUGAAUAGGCCUCAUCCCAUAAGGCUGAUUUAGGAUUUAAUCCUUAGAUCAAAAAAGACCAGCAGAACGGAAAAAGCCGAUAUAGAGAACAAGACUAUAGUACAAAGCAGCCACAUUACUUCUAUAAGGAAGAGGUGCAGAAUCCUUAUUUAUGUGGAUCACCAUGUGAUACUUCAACCAGUUGCAGUGUCUAAUGAAGGGGUGCACACCACCAGCAUUCUGUGUUAUGUCACAUGAUUGAUUGAUUGAUUAAUUGAUUGGUAUAAGUAGGUGAAUAGUCCAGUAUGAACCACCUGAUCAUGAAUUGCACAGAUGGGAAGCCAUAUAGGUUUUAAAUGGCAUGACUUAUGAGGAAAACUGGAAACACAGACUCUCCAGACGUGAGGAUUUUAUUCACAAAAUCAGCCACUUCAGAGUUGAUUCUGAUUGGUCUGGAACCCAUGGAACUGUCAAACUGUAGUAGUAGUAGUGAUUAUGUAAUGAAGGCGGAGAACCGUGUCCUGUCAUAAAGUUGUAUCAUCAGAACUGCAAGGUUUGGAUUGUAUACCUGGUGCUGAUGACUCAUUACUUGAUAAUGCAGAACCUACUAACAAUCUGCUAAAGGAAGAUAGUUCUUUCAAGUGGAACAUAGCAACUACUUCUCAGAAGAUGGGUAGUGAAGUAGAUGCUGAUAGAAAAAUAGAAUUUUGUUCCAGCCCUUCUUCAUUUCCAGAUAGAAGCAUUGAUGAUGAUAAUUUGACAGAAACAGAAUGUGCUGAAUCCUACAUAUUGCCUGAAUGUCAAAAUGGAAAUGGGAAGCCUGGUGAUAGUGAGUUGUUUGUGGUUAGUUUGGAUCCAAUGCAAGUGUUACCUGAUGGCAAUAUGAUACAAAGAGAAGGCAGUGUAUAUCCAUGCAAGAAAUGUGACAGAACUUUUCCUCUUCAACAGCUGCUUGUCCUCCAUGAACGUAACCAUUCACGGGAAAGGAAAUAUAAGUGUGCUAGUUGCAAUAAAAAGUUUUACACCAAUGGAGAUCUACACAAACAUGAGACAGUGCAUUGGGAGGAUAAGCCAUUUUCUUGUGUUGCAUGUGGGAAAUCUUUUGCUCGAAAAAAUUUACUCACUCGGCAUGAAAAUGUGCACAGGGAUAAGAAACGAACUUCAUGCAGCUAUUGUUCUAAAUUAUUUCUUUCACUGGCUGAGCUAGCUGAACACGAGAAGGGCCACAAGCGGACCAGACGGUUCCAGUGUAGGUUUUGUGAACAGAAGUUUGCUGCAAAACAUUCCUUGGCAAAGCACGAGAGUCGUCAUCGGGGAAAUGAUCUGAAGUUCACAUGUGACUAUUGUCGGGAAAUGUUUUCUUCUCAUGCGAAACUUUCACGUCAUCUGGUUAUACAUGCAGGCAGUAAACCAUUUCCAUGCAAGGUGUGCACCAAGACAUUUUCUCUGAGCCACCACCUCACCCGACAUAUGCGUAUUCAUUUUUCAGAAAAACUAUUCAAAUGCUCUUACUGCUUAAAAUUAUUCUCACGCCGAGAAUCCUUGGAGAUACAUGUUCGUAGUCAUACAGGGGAGAGGCCAUACCCAUGCAAAGUGUGUGGUAAGUGCUUUCAGUCCCAUACACAACAAAUGCGACACUCGAAGAUCCACACAGAAAAACCCUUCCUGUGUUUUGUAUGCAAGAAAGCAUUUUUAACAGAAAGUGAACAGGAGAAGCAUUCCUGCACUUUCAGAUCAGGUAAUACUAAAACAGCGACAUCCUUGGGAAAGCUGUUUCUUUGUACCAUGUGUAAGAAUCCCUUUGCUACGAAACCAGAACUCGAGGCACAUACUUGCAAGAUUACGAAACCUUCUGUUCAAACAGAUGUAUGUGAUGAUAAACCUUUCCUUUGUGCUUCUUGCAAGGAAACUUUUGUGUCUGAAUCUGAUUUUGAGAAUCAUAUUUGUACUCCUAAAUCUGUUACUUUGGUUUCGCUAUCACAGGUGCACAAACCUUUUCUCUGUUCUGACUGUAAGGAAUCAUUUGCUACAAAAAUUGAACUUGAAAUGCAUUCUUCAGUUCAUAAGUCAGUUGUUGUCGUGGCAGUUGUAAACUCAAACAGGCCUUUUCUGUGUGCUGAUUGUAAGGAAGACUUUGCUUCAAAGGCUGACCUUGAGGAACACACUUUCACUCAUAAGUCUGUUGCUAUGAUGACAAUGGUGGACACUGAUAAGCCCUUUCUUUGUGCUAAAUGUAAGAAAACAUUUGCAACAAAACCAGAGCUUAAUGCACACACAUGUAAUUCUAAAUUUAGUUGUAAAGAAUAAUAGAGAUUUGGAAAUUAUGGAUAAUAUAAAAUUUGUUUUAAAAACAAUUCAUUUUAAACAUUCUAAACAGCAAAAGUGAAGCAAUUAAUCACUUAUUUCAGCAUUAAUCAGUAUUUUAGAUCUUCAGAAAAACCAUAUACUUCAAAUUUUGCCAGGUAGAAAGUUACAAAGUGAUUGUAUGUAUUUAUGUAUAUAUGCACUGUAUGUAUCCAUGUGUGCAAAUAUGUUUGGAUGUUUUCCGAGUGUCUGAUGAUGUAAUUAGCGUAAGUAAUUAAUGCAAGAUUGUAUUUAAAAGAACAUUUCACUCUGUUAGCACAUGUGAUAUAUGACAUUGUGUCUUCUUCAUUGAUUUUGUUAUAGUUCUCUCAAAUUUCCUGGCACAGUAAUUGAAACUCA